AUGCUAGAAAAAGACUUCGAUGGGCCUAUCGAUAUCGACACUUUACACCUGAGGAUUGGGCCCGAGUUUUUUGGUCUGAUGAGUGUAUGGUUGAACGAGGGAUUGGUGUUCGCCGAGAGUGGACUUUUACUUGUCCAAAAGACUAACCAAAAGAGGGCCAAGUCCAAGGGUUACCUCAACAUGUUUUGGGCAGCAUUUUCAGGGGCUGUCCGGCGCACUGGAUUGAUCCCACUAUUUGGCGAUCCAGCUUCUGAGCGUGGAGGUGUGAACCGGUUUGUUAUCGAGGAAUUAUAUCGCCGAAUUCUUCCUACUUUAAUACAAGAUAACGCACUAACACAUAUCGCUCACGUUGUAUGGGAUGCCCUACAAGAGAUGAAUAUUGAGGUUAUGGAGUGGCCACCGCAUUCGCCUGAUCUUAAUCCCAUUGAGAACCUAUGGGCAUUACUUAAAGCGUCAAUCUAUAAGCUUCGACCUGAUUUAAUUGAUAUGAGAAAUAACGACGAGACUAAGGCUAUUCUAGUGGAAACAGCUCAGCAGGCUUGGGAUGAGCUCAAUUUACGUCAUUUUAGCCAUCUUUCGGAGACUAUGCCGCACCGUGUAGAGGCAAUUAUUGAGUCUCAGGGGUGGUAUACACCAUAUUAG